AUAGGAUAUGUACGAGCAUGUCAAUUUUAUUUACUUGAAUCAAAGGUGUCACGAAUCUCAGGUGUGUAGAUAGAGAAGCGGAAGCUCUUAGGCAGACUCAGUAUAACGAGCGUGUUCGUCUGGACGAGGUUCGAGUUGCUCAAGAGCGGGAAGAGCAUGAACGGCUUGUGCGCGAGGCAGCGUGUAGAGAGAGAAGCGGAAGCUCUCAGGCAGACUCGUUUAGCUGAGUAUAACGAGCGUGUUCGCCUGGCACAGGAGCAAGAAACCCGGGAGAGGGAACGUGUGGCGGUAUUGCAGCGAGAGAAGCAAGAGGAGGUACAGCGGGCAACUGUGCGCCGAAUAUUUGCACAACAACAGCAGCAGCAGCAGGAGUGGCAACGUGCAGAAGCGCGUCGAAGAGAAAAGGCAAAGGAGAGCCAGUGUGUAGUCAUGUAG